AGGAACGUGGUGUCUCCACGUUGCCAGGUACGACAGUGUAUCCACCCUGGAAGUCUGCGAUUGUUUCGUCCUGUGGGACCUUUGGCGGAAUCGCCUUUGUGUAGGCACCGCGGGAUAAAGUGGGAGACGCCAGGAAGCGGCCGACACCAUCAUGCCGAAGAAUAAAGGUAAAGGAGGUAAAAAUAGGCGUAGAGGUAAGAAUGAGAAUGAAUCUGAAAAACGAGAGUUGGUCUUUAAAGAGGAUGGACAAGAGUAUGCUCAGGUAAUCAAAAUGUUGGGAAAUGGGCGAUUGGAAGCAAUGUGCUUUGAUGGUGUUAAGAGAUUAUGUCAUAUCAGAGGAAAACUGAGAAAAAAGGUUUGGAUAAAUACCUCAGACAUUAUAUUGGUUGGUCUGCGAGACUAUCAGGUAAUGCCUACAUUUGUCUUGUAUCUUUGUAUUUAAUAAAUCAUUAGUAUUUAAAAUAUACAAUAUAGACAUAUUUGGCCAGCU